AGGUCGAGCUGUUCCGAGCCGUCUUUUGCGGCUUGCCGUGUGGCUCCAAGGAAGCGAAGCCAAGGAGGAAUCCGACUCGGGUAGAGUCCAAAGGGACAAGGCCAGGUGCAGCUUGGCAAGGACGUCCGGCCGUGCCGGGGGCUCUGCGGGCUUGUGUGACCGCGUCCUCGGGGGACCCCGCGGAUCGUCGACUGCUGUCGCAGUGUCGUGGAGUUCCAAUAAGUUCUGACCAUCCAGCUAAGCCUUCUGCUGCGGGACUUCACUUGGGGACGCCUUGGUGUGUUACGGCGUAAGAAUAUGGAGGAGGACUUGGACCCCGUUUAACACUUUAGCCUUGGUGCAGCCAGAAGUCACUCAAGCAGCCAUGCGCCUCAUCUUGGUGAUUGCCCUGGUGGCCCUGAAGCUGGCCAGUGCCUCUGCACGCUUCGAUGAGUUUGAUGAGGGUGAUGACCUCAUUGAGUUUGAUGACAAUGACUUUGCCGAGUUUGAAGAUGCAAGUGACAACCCCACAACCGAAGCACCAGCUCGGUCCGCAAAUGUGCAGCAACAGCAGCGAGCAGCAGCAGCAGCAGGAGGAAGACGACGAGGAAGGCGAAGACGAUGAUGCUGCCACAGUGGAAGUGGAGGGCAUGGAUGACAAUGCAGAGGACUUUGAGGACACGGAGACCCCGGAUGAGGAUAUCUAUAAAUAUGAUCCAGAUGAGUUUGACGGGAUUGAGAAGCAGACGCCUUCCUUCACCGACCCCAUCAAUAUCAUCACGGUGCCAGCACAUCUACAGAACAGCUGGGAGAGCUACUACAUGGAGAUCCUGAUGGUCACGGGGCUUCUGGCCUACAUCAUGAACUACAUGAUUGGCAAAAACAAGAACAACCGACUAGCUCAGGCUUGGUUCAGCUCCCACCGUGAGCUGCUGGAAAGUAACUUCGCUCUUGUGGGGGACGAUGGCACCAGUAAAGAGGCUGUCAGCUCGGGGAAGCUCAACCAGGAGAACGAGCACAUCUACAACCUGUGGUGCUCGGGACGGGUGUGCUGUGAAGGGAUGCUAAUCCAGCUAAAGUUCUUGAAGCGUCAGGACCUGCUGAAUGUUCUUGCACGAAUGAUGAGGCCUGCUUGUGAUCAGGUGCAAGUCAAAGUGACACUAAAUGAUGAAGACAUGGACACGUUUGUCUUUGCUGUGGGGACAAAGAAGUCGAUGACGAGGCUGCAGAAGGAGAUGCAGGACUUGAGUGAGUUCUGCAGUGACAAGCCCAAGUCAGGAGCCAAGUAUGGGCUGCCGGAAUCGUUGGCGAUCCUGUCCGAGAUGGGGGAGGUCACCGAGGGAAUGAUGGAUAACAAGAUGGUACAUUUCCUCACCUCUCAUGCCGACAAAUUGGAAUCCGUCCACUUCUCGGACCAGUUUUCAGGUCCAAAACUUAUGCAAGAGGAAGGCCAGCCGUUAAAGCUUCCAGAAACGAAGAAGACCCUGCUGUUCACUUUUAAUGUGCCUGGCAUGGGCAACACCUCUCCCAAAGACAUGGAGUCCUUGCUGCCUCUGAUGAACAUGGUCAUUUAUAGUAUCGACAAGGUCAAGAAAUUCCGUCUCAACAGAGAGGGUAAGCAGAAGGCAGAGAGGAACCGGGCUCGGGUGGAAGAGAACUUCCUGAAGCUGACGCACGCUCAGAGACAGGAGGCCGCCCAGUCGCGCCGCGAGGAGAAGAAGAGAGCAGAGAAAGAGAGGAUUAUGAAUGAGGAAGACCCCGAGAGGCAGCGGCGCUUGGAGGAGGCCGCCCUGCGACGAGAGCAGAAGAAGAUGGAGAAGAAACAGAUGAAGAUGAAGCAGAUCAAAGUGAAAGCCAUGUGAGGGCAGAGUGCUGCCCAGUCCCGUAUGGAAAGGCCUUCUCAGACCUUGUGCCCAGAUGCCAGCGCCACAUGUCCUGAUCAACUCAAAAAAAAAAAAGAAAAAAAUGGGGGUGGGAAUAAAAUGUCUUCCUUUAUAACCUGCAAGUUUUUAUCACGGAAUCAAACUAAACCUGGCGUGUCGGCGGGGGGCACUGGCUUGGCUGUGGCCGUGCUUUGGGAUUCUGCCUUCUGGCCAUUAGGGGGCCGUCCGGCCAAUUUGAGUCAAGCCCUUCAGAAGUGCCCGCUGUGGGUUGAAUGUGCCUACAGGGCCGAGCCCUCCCACUCUGUGCCCUGCCACCGCUGCCCCCUUCUUAUUUAUUGCGGGGCUGGAUGGGUACUGCUGGGUGGCGGCGCACGCGCACGAGACUUUGGGCCUGUCUAACUUUUACUUCUUUUAAAUUGUUCACGAAUCUCAAAACACGAUUAAAAUAUUUUGAAAGCUAAA